CCACUGCAACUUGUUUCUUUCCACCAAUGUCCCGGAAAGGGACCUGGCCUGUCAGGAAGUUUUGUCUGAGAGGUCUGGAACCUCAGCAAUGGCUACAGGGUGACUUCUUGGAUCCUCCACGUUUCCAGGUCCUAGUGAAGACCGGUGGACCCAGCUGGGGACAUGAGCCUAUCAGCUGGGCUCCCUGUGCGGCUGCUGCUGCUGUUGCUGCUACUGCUGUGGUCCGUGGCCCCGCAGGCACGGCCACCGCGUUCACAUUCUCUGCGAUACCUCUUCAUGGGUGCCUCAGAGCCAGACCUCGGGCUGCCUUUGUUUGAGGCUAGGGGCUAUGUGGAUGACCAGCUCUUUGUGUCCUACAAUCAUGAGAGCCGUCGUGCUGAGCCCAGGACCCCGUGGAUCUUGGGGCAGACCUCAAGCCAGAUGUGGCUGCAUCUGAGUCAGAGCCUGAAAGGGUGGGAUUACAUGUUCAUAGUGGACUUCUGGACCAUCAUGGGCAACUAUAACCACAGUAAGGUCACGAAGCUGGGAGUGGUGCCCGAGUCCCAUAUCCUGCAGGUGGCCCUAGGCUGUGAGCUACAUGAGGAUAACAGUACCAGUGGCUUCUGGAGAUAUGGCUAUGACGGGCAAGAUCACCUGGAAUUCUGCCCCAAGACACUAAACUGGAGCGCAGCUGAGCCAGGGGCCUGGGCCACCAAGGUGGAAUGGGAUGACUACAAGAUCCGUGCCAAGCAGAACAGGGACUACCUGGAGAAGGACUGCCCUGAGCAGCUGAAACGGCUCCUGGAGCUGGGGAGAGGGGUUCUGGGACAGCAAGUGCCUACUUUGGUGAAAGUGACUCGCCGCUGGGCCUCUACGGGGACCUCUCUAAGGUGUCAGGCUCUGAACUUCUUCCCUCAGAACAUCACUAUGAGGUGGUUGAAGGACAACCAGCCACUGGAUGCCAAGGAUGUCAGCCCCAAGAAUGUGCUGCCUAACGGGGAUGAGACCUAUCAGGGCUGGCUGACCUUGGCUGUGGCUCCUGGAGACGAGACAAGGUUCACCUGUCAAGUGGAGCACCCAGGCCUGGACCAGCCUCUCAUUGCCUCUUGGGAGCCCUUGCCGUCUCAGGCCAUGAUUAUUGGAAUCAUCAGUGGGGUCACAAUCUGUGCCAUCGUGGUUGGAAUUCUGUUCCUAAUCUUAAGGAAAAGGAAGGCUUCAGGAGGAACCAUGGGUGGCUAUGUCUUAACAGACUGUGAGUGACCUGCAGCCUGCAGAACCACGGAAGAGAGAAGACUCAGCCAAAGACUUGGAGGGGCCACACUUGCUCCAUUCUAGGACCGAACACGUGGAAACUGCCUGAGAACUGUGCUCUUAGCUUUCCCUGCUCACUUUCUUACGGUGUUUUCUCCAGUUAAGUUCAGGUCCUGAGUAGGAGUGAUUGCCCCAGUUGCAACCUCUCCCUCCAGAACUGGUCUCACGAUUCUUAGGCUGCUUCUUGGAAGCAUCCUAUGUUUCCUUCACACACCUAGACUCCGUAUGUCUAUGUAAAAAGCCCCUCUAAGUUUAGUGGGUACAUGAUUCAUUUCCACAUCUGAAGAAGUUGUGAACCUUCAUCCUGGGAUGCCCACACAUACUUGUGCCAGAAUUUUUCAUCUAUAUCCUAGAAUCCAGGAUCCGCUCAACUGUCCUCCAUCUGUUAUAUAGUGACUCCUCUGUCACCAUACCCUGACUUCUCUGCCAUUGGAGUGUUAUAUGGGUCAUCAAUAAAGCCAUGAAGGCUACACAGCUGUGCAACUUGAGGAAUCACCCUAUGAGAAAAUGUAGAUGUUUGUGUGCAUAACGAUAGCUCUGUGUUCAUAUCUGCACAAAGGUGACUUGAGGUUUUCAAAGGUUAAUAUCAUAGACAUUUGUGACGUGAUGCCUAUGAUGUACCCUCUCUCCUUGUCCCGAA